AAAAUAGGUUAAUUGUUAUCUUUAUGACUAUGAGUAAAACAAGAACCAUUUUGAAAUACCAUACUGCUUACAAUUACUGUAAAACUUAAAGUACUAAUAUUUAUUGUGUGAACUCUAAUAAUACGACUUGAAAUAAAUGUUUUGAAAUUAUCAAAAAUGUUUAAGUGGAAAAGUUCAGAUGAAUACAAUUUUGUUAAUAUAUGUUCUUUGGACUGUAGCUUUUGUGUUGUUCUAAUAUAUUUUCAAAAAAUUAUUAUAUACAGGUCUUUUGAACAUUGCUAUGAAAAAAAAAUAGCAUUUUGAAAAUAUAGUCACUCAAAGUAAAAAGUAUGAAUGUAUUUUGUUUGUUUGUUAACAUAAAUUUUAUUAAUUUAUGUUCAGUGUAAUACUGAGUUUAUAACAGUAUUAGCACUUAUUAUUUGGCAAUUCUUAUUACCACAGGUUUAUCUUUGUCACUGUAGUGGUAUAUAUAGUUACCACUGGUGAAUGAUUGGUUUUCACUAGUAACCAUAAGAAUUCAAAAAGUAAAAUGAUGUACUGCAGUUUCCUGGUUAAUCCUUUACAAGCAACAAUAUGAACAUGUUCUGAUCUUUUAUUAAAAUAACUGAUGUUUUUAUAUUAUAUUCUGAAUUAUUGUACUUAAUAUAUGUACUACAGAACAGCAAAGCAUUGUACCACUGAGCUCGAGUAUGGCAACAAACUAAAGAAAAGCUGAGAUGCAAGAUUCUGAUGAUAUUUUGACAACAUGCACUAUAACUGCAAGAUGAAACACCUGAGAAGAUAAAUUGUAUUGUUAUUUAAGAUCUACUACAGAAUAUUAGCAGUUAAGUAAUUUAUGUAUUGUUAAUUGUAAGAUGUUAAUCUCUUCCUACCAGUUUUGCAGUAUUUCGGUUAAAUUGCAAUUUGCUGGAAACUAUAUCAAUUAAAUAGACAGUACACCAUUAGAAUAUGAAUAUUAGACUGCUAUUGCUAAUUUUUCAAUUAAAAUAAUUCAAUUGUGAACUGUUUUUAAAUUGAGUUAGUAGUAUAUGAUAGUAUUGUAAAUAAUAAGUGUUUAAUAUAUUUUAAAUAUAUGUUUCUGGUUUAGCUUGUAAAUUCAUUUGUUGGAGAAAUAUUUAAGUAUGGAACGGAGCAGUCGACCUGUAGCAACCUAUCCCAGAUUGCAUAAGUCUCAAAUAUUCUCUAAAACUGAUGCUUUUAAGCAACACAUUCAGCUUUUAGAGGGAGAGCAACGAGCUGCUCAAGAAAUGAGGGAAGAGGAAAAAGAACAAAAUAAAGCAAAAAUUACAACUUUAAGACAAGAGCUAAUAAGUUUGCAAAGACAGCUCCACAAGGCUGAAACAAGUGAUGAACAGGUCAUAAAAAGAUCACUAUAUUAUCAUCGAAAAGAAGCAGCUGUAAUGAAAAAUAAAAUGGGACAAGCAGCUGCUGAAUGUUUGGAUCAGAAAGUAUUUGAACUAUCCAAAAAGUUGGACUCUCUCCGACACACUAUUUGGCAGAAGCAACAAAGACUGUUACAGCUGAAGCAAGAACACAAGAAGUUAGUAAAGAAAUGCCAGGGAACAACAAAUAAAGCCAGAUCUCAAAUUUCUAACUCGCAGUGGCUGGAAGAGCUUGAAAAUAGAUAUGAAACCAUUCAAUUGAAAAUGUCAGAAGCUAGACACAUAAAUCAGAAAUAUAAGGCCAUUCACCAAGCUCUUACUCAAGAACAAAUAAUCUUUAAGAUACAAGUAGACAAGUUGGAAGAAGAAAUAAAUGAACAGCAGGCUGAAAUUGAAAAACUACAAGCUGCUCAAGAGAAAGCACUUGCCAUUAAAAAAGCAACACAGUCAGUUCUUAGUGAACAAGAGGAAAUGGCUGUUGAAAUUAAACGACACAAAGACAAAAUUCUGUCAGAAUAUCGUAAUACAGCUCAACAGCACCGAAGUUUGGUGAGCAGAAGUGAAGUGAGUCCCAGGAAGCAAGUCAUCUCUGUCUUGCCUGAAUCUCCAAGUGUAGUAGAACAACUUCAAGCAUGCAAAGGAGAACAAGAGAAGGAAUUCAUCAAGUAUGAGAAAGUUUUCCUAAAAAUUAAAGAAGUGACUCGAGUGGCAGACAUUAAGGAAAUUGAAGAUCGUUUUGUUAUGCAACAGGAGACAAAAAUUAAUCUUGAGAAGCUUAAAAAGCAAGUAGAAGGUGAGCUAACUCAACUAAAUGAAGUCAAAGCUAUGACUGAAGCUGAACUUGAAGAUUUAAAAGGAGUUCAAGGAAGUAAAAUACAGAGUGAGCUACUGGAGAGGAUAGAGAAAUGUAAACAGAUGGUGAAGGAACAAGAAGAGAAGCAAGCUCAGUACCAACUGAAGACAGAUCAGUUGUUUCAGCUGUUGACAAACAUUAAAGAUGGUCUAAAACAUUUGCUGGAAAUAAUUGAAAGUCGUAUGUUUAAACAUCAUAAAUGGACAGUCUUGGAUCCCCACACAUCUGUACUUGACUUGCUUGAAAGCUGUGAACAAAGAAUAGAUGAUCUCUUACUUGAGUUACAAGAUUAUGAUUCAGAUGCUUAUGCACUGAUCAGCCAGGUUAAGCAGGAUGAGUUUCAGCAGAAGUUGGAGAACACUUCCAUUCCAACAACUACACUGUAUCUACCAAGGAAACCUUCUAUUGACAGUUUUAGCAGUAGUGAGGAAGAUCAACACAAUAAGAGGGAGCUAAUGAAAAAACAAGCACAAUACUUUGCUAAUGCAAAGAUGAAAAAUCAGAGAGGAAGACGUCGGAUACUAAGGCUUUAGAAAUAUUCAUUGCCUAUAAAUCACCCAUAUAACAACCAAAGUAGUUUCCUUACAAAAAUAUUUGUGUUGGGACCAGCAAAUAGCAGGUUUUAAUACAAAUGGAUGACUAAUCCAGGGUUGGAAUGAGUUUUAACCACCAAAGUUUAUUUCUAGAAUACAAUUGAAACUAAGUAUUUUUAGUAUUUCAUUACUUCCUUAUAUAAAUGAAACCUUUGUUCCAGUUUUCUUGAUAUUCUUCCUGAUUUAUUAAUUUUUCCAAUAUUUUAAGCUUAAGUCUUGAGUAGCUUAGCUUGGCUGUAGAAACAAAUUUUUGUGAAUAAAAGCAUAAUUUGUCAACAUAGGGAGAGUUGGUGAUCCAUACUGAUAUUAGUAAAUAGUUUAUUUCAAUUUCUAUAGGAUAAGGCUUUAGUUUAGAAACCAGACAUUGUUGACUGAAACUUACAUAGAUUGAAGUUUUCUUUUCAGUGGUCUUAUAAUUAGGUACUUUUAUUCUUAAGUACACUUAUUCCACCAGAAAUAUAUAUUGCUACUAAUUUAUUUUUAAUCAGACGGAGCUAAACUUAGCUGUAAAAUAGUUUUAAAUUAAACCUUCGUGAACGUUUUUUUAAGUUUGAUGUAAUUGAAAGCCUGUUAGUUUUGAGACUAGGUUUUUUCCUGCUUAUUUCAUACUCAUACAAACAAAAACUUAAUUCUUCUACAGUUUUCAGUUUUAUUGUCCUUUUUAGCUGUUUAAUCUACAGAUUUUAUGUUUCACUGGUUAAAUGAACUUGUAUAUGUUGAAACUUAGAACUUUAUAUUUACAAAGCAUUUAUAAAACUUGGUAUUCCAAGUGUGAAUUAAAGUUUUACUAUAAACUGGUCCUAAAACUAGAUAUUUUUUAGUGUAUUUAGGCUUGUACAAAGUGUAGCUCAAUAUCCAAAUAAGCUUGAAAUGAUUUGUUCAAGAGUAGUGAAGGUUGCAGGUACAAGUGAAACUGAUGUGUUUAUGCUAAUUAAUAUAUAUUAUUAUGUCAGAAUCCUUAUUAUGAAAAUAAAAGAACUUUCCAUGAGGUAAAACUGAGAUAUGAAUGUUUUUGUAUGUUUAUGUUAAUUGGAUGUACAAUUUAUAGAUUUCAUAAUUGAAUUUGUUUUGUUCACAUAAGUAAUAGGAUUUUAUAUUGUUUUUAUUUAUAUUCUAUGAACAUGUGCAAUGUGGAAAUGAAUGUAUACUCUUGAAUGUGAUUUUAUUAAAAGAAUAAUGUUCAAA